CCAGACAGUGAGAGAGGGAGAGAGAUCUUCACCCUUGGACGUAUUCUUUCUGGGUAAGAAAUUUGCAAGCUGUUACCGAUAACUUCGACAAUCAACCACUCCCCUGAUUUUGGCCUUUCCUUCCACAACCGCACACAAGAAGCUUCCCUUUCUCUAACAUUCGGCCCGCCAUGGUUAAUGCCUGUGCUCACUCUCUCUUUCCAUAAUAGCAGCCCCACGCCUCUCAAAUACCCCAUUAAACUAUUCUUUUCCCCCCUUUCUCUUCUCUUCCGUCCCUCUCUCUCUGUCCUCUGUGCCUGCAGACGAAAGUCGGCAUAUAUCAUAUAUAUAUAUAUAUCAUCGAGAAACAGGGAUCCUCUUCAUUCUGAUUCUGCCGGCUCAACCGGAGCUAAAAGGAAUCAGCUAGCCAUUCUUCUCCAAACGGCAAAAGCCUGAGACCUGAAUCAACCCCGACCAGACCCGGAUUCUGAUUUUUGUUUUUUUUUUUUUUUUGUCUUGGAGUCGCCUGCAAACUAAAAAGGCCUUCAAAUUCUUUUCUUGCUGCAGAGGUACGCCUCCAUGACCUUUUAAUUAUCACUAGUGUUUUUCCCCACCCUUCUUUUUAUUCCUUCCACUUGUCGCCUCUGCCUCUGUUUUUCUCCCCACUCUGCAGGCAUUAGAUGCUCAGAACUCUGCUCUCUUCCUUCCCUUUCCAUUUCUGACCAUAUAUUCUUUCUUGCCUUCCUUCCUUCCAAUUUCAGUUUUAUAUAAGUUAUAGACGUCUUCUUCUCCAGCAAUUACAAUUUACAAGAGGGGAAUUAGGAGAAAUGGGGUGUGGAGAGAAAUGGGUCCGGAGUUCUGAAUCGGAAGAGCAAGGAGAGGAGGAGGAAUCACUGUCGCUCUGCGACUUGCCAGUUAAUUUACUCGCGGAAGAUGAAGAAGGAGCAGAAGAGAAGCCAUUGUUGUCGCCUGAUGUGGGUGAAGAGGUUCCGUUAGAUCCUGGGCUGAAUUCGACAAAUUCGGAAGAUUUCGAUUUCGGGCAAUUACUGGGUAGCUCAAUGGGAUCGAAAUCCUCAAGCUCCGAGAUGUGUGCCGCCGAUGAUAUCUUCUUCCAGGGGCAGAUUCUCCCGUUCCGUCACUCAAUCAGCUCGGAGAGCGGCAGCGGCGUUCACCCGUUCAAGCCUGCCGUACAACGGCAGGGCAGUUUGAGUACUAGCCGGUCAAUUUCGCGGUCGGAAUCCAUGGACCGGAGCUCCUCCAGUGGUGGGUUCACCAGAUUCAGCAGCAGGAGUAGCAGCAUCAACAGCCAUUACUCAUCGUCGUCUUCCGCCAGCACCAAUUCCAACUCCAGCUCCGCCCGUCCAAGGAUUGUAAACCGAUUCCACGCUUUCCCCAGUCCGAAACCCCAAAUCCUCAAAACCCCCAACGCUCCGCCGCUGGGAAGCGCCGCGGGGGCCGCGAAUCGGUCGAAGAAAUCGUCAAUUUGGGAAACUCUGAGACUGGGUUUGGUCCGCGCCCCGGAGAUGGAAUUCCAGGAUCUCAAAUCGAGAAGCUCCGUCAGCCGCAACAGCAGCACCGGCAGCAACAAGGCGGAGAAACAGGGGACCGCCGGCAAAAACCCGCCCCCGGCGCCGGCAAAGACGAAGAGAUCGUAUUCUACCGGGAGGCUGCUCGGCGGGUGCGAUUGUACCGUCGGAGCGGUUCAGCCGGUGGCAUUGAACCACGAAAACAUCGUGGCCGUAAAGGGGAAUAAAAAGAAGCAUCGGGAUGACCGCCGGCGUGGUAAACAGGGCUCCGGCGAGGAGGGAAACAAAAGCAAGACGACGAAUUCGGGAAUGAUGUUGUCGACGGUGGGAAAGGAAAAGGAAAAGCGGCCGCUAAGGGGAAAGCAAGAGGCGUCACGUCAUCGGACGGUUGAGUGGAUAAAGAAGCUUUCAUCACAUGGUGGCUUUUCUGUCGUGGGAGAUCAUGAGGAAGAUGAGUGAGUUGGAGGAGAAGAAGAAGGCUACCAUUGCUGGCUCGUGAGUGACAGCCACUGAAAUCCCACAAAUGGCUUCGCGUGCUUUUGGAUUCCCCACUUUUUCUUUUGGGCCUUUUCAGCCUUUUUCUAACGAUUCAAUUGUCUCUUGGUGGGUGGAGAGUGGAACCUUUAGUUUAAAUUUCUGUUGGUUCUUUCAUGGGUGGCAAUCUAUGCAACAAAAAGUGGGAGUGGUGAUUGUAUCCAUGAAAGAAAAUGAUUAGUCUAGCUGACUAGCUUGUAUUAUAUGUAUGCUUCCUCAGGUGUGCAAGCCUAAAGCGAUUGGGAAUGAGAUAUAUUACGAGAAACAUUUUUCUAUUCAUUCAAAUUUGGAAGAAAUCCGUCUCUGUUUU